ACUCAUAAAGGGAGGGAGUGCAUCUUAAAGAAGAUUAGAAGUGAGCACAGUUUCAUGUCGGCCGUCGAUGCUGAAACUCGCUUCGACCGCGGUCCGAUCAUAGGCAGCGAGGACUCGGCUCCCUCCGCUGGAGAGUGUGAGAGGCUUAUUCCCGCAGAGGUUGCAAUAAUCCAAAGUUCAGGGAAAGCUGUUGGAAUUCUACAGACGAUUAUACUCCACGCUGCAUUCGCAGGAUAACUUUUUUUUUUUCCCCUUUUGGUUUUUCUGAAAAGGAAACUUUCUUUGGAUCGAUUUGCAGGAACAAAACUGUUCUCAGACUCCUGGAUCCUGAAGGAGAUUUUUUUUUUUAUUAUUUUUUAUUUUCACUGAGUGACCUCCUGUGAAAAUGGCUUUCGGCGACCUUCUGGAGCAGGUCGGCAGCGUGGGUCGCUUCCAAGUCGUCCACGUGGUUCUCCUCGCCGUCCCAGUCAUGAUGAUGGCCAGUCAUAACCUGCUGCAGAACUUUGUGGCUGCAGUUCCAUCUCACUACUGCAGGGGCCACACCAACGUGUCUCUGUCUCACAUGAGUCCAGAAGAAGCUCUGUUGAUCACGGUGCCACUGGACCGAGCGGGCCGGCCACAGAGGUGCCAGCGGUACGCUGCUCCACAGUGGCACCUCCUGGCCGACAACGGGAGCUCCAGUUCAGGAGAUGGGUUCGAUGCCGAGGAUGGUGUGGAAGUGGAUCUUCAGGGAUGCCAGAACGGAUGGUUCUACAACACGACUGAGAGGACGUCCACCAUCAUAUCUGAGUGGGAUUUGGUCUGUGAUCUGCGCUCUUUGAAACAAAUGGCUCAGACCGUCUACAUGGGAGGUGUUCUUGUGGGAGCUCUGGCCUUUGGAGCUCUGUCAGACAGGUACGGUCGUCGUAUCCUCCUGCUGAUCGCUCACCUCCUGAUGGCGGUGUCAGGAACAUGUGUUGCUUUCUCCAACUCCUUCACCCUCUACUGUCUGUUCCGCUUCGGCUGCGGCAUGGCUCUGUCUGGACUGGGACUCAACACUUUCUCUCUCAUUGUGGAGUGGAUCCCGACCCGUGUUCGGACAGUGAUCGGAACCCUGACCGGCUACUGCUACACCAUAGGUCAGCUGCUUCUCGUGAUCAUAGCCUACUUCAUCCGUGACUGGAGGUGGCUAACGAUGGCCGUUUCCUUUCCUUUCUACGUCUUCUUCCUCGUCGCCUGGUGGUUUCCUGAAUCCUCGAGAUGGUUGGUGCUGAAUAAUAAAUCAGAGCAGGCUCUGAAGAACCUGAAACGAGUGGCCAGGUUUAACGGACGCUCGGAGGAGGGCGAGAAAAUUGAUAUGAACGUUCUGCAGGAGUCCAUGAAGAAGGAGAUGGCCUCAGCCCAGGGCUCCUACACCUACCUGGAUCUGUUCCAGACUCCGACAAUGAGGACAAUGACGAUCUGCGUCAGUGCCGUCUGGUUGUCGACCAGCUUUGCGUAUUACGGCCUGGCCAUGGACCUGCAGAAAUUCGGGGUGGACAUCUACUUGAUCCAAGUGAUCUUCGGCGCGGUGGACAUCCCCGCUAAAGUUGUCAUCACCGUGACCAUGAGCAUGAUCGGACGUCGUCCGUCACAGAGCGGCGUCCUCAUCCUGGCGGGGAUCACGGUUCUACUGAACCUGGUGGUUCCUCACGAUAAACAGCUGAUUCGAACCUCUCUGGCUGUCGUGGGUAAAGGUUGUCUGGCUGCGUCGUUCAACUGCUGCUACCUCUACGCUGGAGAACUGUACCCCACCAUCAUCAGACAGACUGGCAUGGGCUGGGCUUCCAUGAUGGCCCGUGUAGGAGCCAUGGUGGCUCCCAUGGUGCUCCUGGCCGGCGACUACAUUCCGUGGCUCCCUGGCGUGAUCUACGGCGGAGCCCCCAUUCUGAGCGGCGUGGCGGCAAUUUUCCUCCCAGAAACACUGGGCUCACCACUGCCUGACACCAUCCAGGACGUGGAGGACAGGGGAUCCGGGAGACCUUCCAAAAAGUCCACAAAGGAAACGAUAAUAUUGCAAAAGACGGAGAUGAACCUGCUGAAGCUGGCUGCCUGAGGGCGUCCGCCUGUCUCUGAGGCCCCGUCCGUCUGUGAUUCCACCACAGGGACCGCUAUUGUGUCAUGUGGCAGUUUUACAAAUGGAGCAACAAUGUGAUUUUUUUUUUUUUUUUUUCAUAGGUCAUACACUGUAACGAGUCGCUACAAACUCACAGGAAAAGUUUUUUUCUUUUAAAUAAAAGUUUUUGUUUAUCGUUUAAUAAAUUAAACCAAAUAUAUUUUUCACGGUAUGUUUUUAAAAUUAUCACAUUAUCCUUUAUGAUGUCAGAAACGCAGUUAAUGUCUGUAAAUACUGAUUUGAUGAAAAGCGUGAGAAUCAAAUCAACCUCUAGGAUAAAUAAAAUAGUAAAAAUAAAGUCUUUACGUCAGAUUUAUCUGAUGGAAACAGAAACUGAAGAAGAAAGAGUGGAACACGGAGGAGAUGGAGAGACAGAGAAUUGAUUUUUAGACUUUUUAAAAAGUUUUUCUUAGCAUUUUUUAACUCAGCCCUGCAUCAUAGAGAUGUUUAAAACAUAACAAAGAUAA